AGUCCCGUUACAUUUCGUAAUUAUGUCAAAUUUCAAUUUCCCUUUUUGAAAAAGGGCUUUUGGUACCAGGUACUGCUAUUGUAGUUAAGAUAAACGAAGACAGAUCAAAUCAUUUGUGUUGAAAAAUGUAUUCCUAGUUAUUGAUUGAUUGGCCACUAAGAUAUUUAUUGAUAUUUAUUUGUGUCCCUGAGCUCAAAGCUAUAAAUAAACUACACUGUCUAUUAUGUCAAGAAAGUGUCUGUUGUUACUCCGGUUCCAUAAAUCAUCCCCCCACUUUCCAUGGACAUUCAAAACGGACAGGUUUCUGCUUUGCUAUCUUCAAAUCAGCUGACGCAUGACGUCAUUUUGAGAUUUCCCUCUAAAGUCGGAAAUUCCCUUUUCAUGUUGCGCCCACCUUGUGGACCAUCCGAUUAAAUGUGUUGAUCGUCUGCGGGUUUUACGACAGGGAAAGGCUUGCCAUGUUCCCCCCUUUUGGUCUGCUAAGUAAACUGAGGUGCAGGCAGAGUUGGGUAAAUCGUGUGAUUGAAUACAAAAGUAUGCAAUGAACUAUGGCCUUGUUUUACUAACGUAAGUACUUCAGUAAAUAGUCUUGAAAUUCAUUCCCUUUGAAACACUAACACUUUGACGAAAUCCAAAUUAGCGCCACAACAGUCACACGUGGGUUUUCUAUGUUUUUUUUAGUCCAAGGUCAUGCUGUUAAGCAACGUACCCGCAAUGCAGAUAUAUGUCGUCAAUGGUCGAGAUGUUUGAAUCAGAUGUUGUUAUCUAGUGAAACGGUCAAGAUGUGAUAAUCGAAUUGUCACUCCAUUCUGACGCAGUUGAAAACAGUGCCGGUAUGACUGUGUCUCGGAUAUGACACACACACAACUGUGUGAUUCGGUUUCGUGUUAAUUGUUUGUUGGUCCGCUAAUGGUCACUUUUCAAACCUCAAGUAAAAAAAAAGUUUUUUUUGAUAUCACUUUGCUUUUCACUUGUCCACAACGACACACUUACAAACCGACACACUUGCACGUUGACACAGUUACACAUUGACACACUUAACGUAUUAAAUUACAAAUCGACACACUUACACAUUGACCCACUUACGAACCGACACUUGCACAUCGACAUACUUACCCGUUGGCACAGUUACACACUGACACACUUGCACGUUGGCAGUUACACACUGACACACUUGCACAUUGAAAAAUUUACAUAUUGACACGAUUGCACAUUGAAACACACAACACACACAUCAACACUGACCUAUCAACACACUUAGACAAAGCAUGACACACAAACACAUUGAGUCAAUUAAAGUGUAUUUAACCGCCUACUUUACAUGCUGUUUAUAAGUUUUGUCUACUUCAGAAGUUUUAGAUCUACAUGGGAAAAAACAACCCAACAUAAAAAAAAAAAAACUUAGAUCAAGGCAUUUCGGUCCGACGGAAUUUCCUUGUGUAUUCCUGACUCGGUUAUUUCCGUGACGUGAUGUCAUUAUGUUGACAUAAUCAACGUAGACUGUCGUAGGGUCUCCCCUGGCCUUGACUGACCACGCAUCAUUAGCCAGAAAUAACUAGCUUUUUAUCUGAUGCUAGUAGUCUCCCUUACGUUAGCCCACGUCAUCCGUAACAAAGUAUAUUAGGUAGAUGUCAACACAAAUACGGUCAUAAUGAUAAACAACGCAAUAGGAUCUAUUAGUACCAUGAGAGAAUGAACUCCUCGUCGCCUCAGCAUUAUCAUACACCUGUGGAUAUAUCUUUGGAUAAACAGUGUAUGUAUUCAAGUGUAGAACUAUAUAGGCAAGUGAUGGAAAAUGUUUAGUGAUAUAGUGAAGUGUUUAUUUUAUAAUAUACAUUGGUCAAAUCAACUCAAUGUCCAGUGAUAUAGUGAAGUGUUUACUUUGUAAUAUACAUUGGUUAAAUACAAUUCAAUGUCCAGUGAUAUAGUGAAGUGUUUUACUUUAUAAUAUACAUCGGUCAAAUACAAUUCAUUGUCAAGUGAUAUAGUGAAGUGUUUACUUUGUACUAUACAUUGGUCAAACCAAAGAGAUUACUGUUCGUGCCUAUGUCUACCUUGAAUUUCUCUGAUCUAGUCGAAGAGACCACCCAUCAGAUAAUGGACGCUAUACAGCCGUGUGCUAUCUGCAAUUGUACCAAUACAACGGAAACCCAAGCGACCCCAGACCAGCCACUCAAGGUCAAUGGAGGCUUCAUCGCCAUGGCUGCUGGCCUCUCCGUCAUCGUCCCUCUCAUCUGCGUUCUCAUCAUUCAGCUGAGGAGGUCCAAAAGAGAAGAAAGGGAGAGGGCAGCAGCUGCGGCGGCGGCAGCUGCAGCUGCGGCGGCAGAGGCUGGCCAGGCAGCAGAGGACUCACCACCAACGUAUGAGCAGCUGUUUGGUCCCAGUAUCGCCCCUGUCUCAGGUGACCCACUCCAUUCUCGUCAAGGCAGCUUGGACAUAUUAAUUGAAACUGAUGAGACCAGAAGGCUUAGGGCUUCCAAUGUCCAGUUGCCAAACAAUGAGGUCAAUGCCCAAGCUGCUGCUGGCCACAUAGGUCAGACUGCUGAGAGUUCAGGUCAGAGGCCUAUAGAUGGAGGCGUCAUCAAUCAGGGAUAUUCCAAUAGUUCUGUUUCAACCAUCUCUGGGUCUGAGGUAUUCUAUUACCCACUUUCGGACAGAUUUUCUUCCCAGGGUAAUUCAGUGUCUUCCAGCCAGUUCAACCUUCAGCUGCAUCAAGUCAGUAGUAUUGACUCGGUAGAUUCAGUCAGAAACUCUUCUGACAGCGGGACUUCCUCAACCUCAUCAGAGGAUAUGUCAUCCAUUUCUUCUGGCCCCUCUUCCCUGUCAUCAGGUCAGUCAUCCAUGACAUCAGUGCAAUCAUCAUCAUCUACCUCAACAUCAUCUUUGGCAUCAACCUCAGCCUCUUCAGCUGACCACAGAGGGGAAUCUUCUCCAUCACAACAGCCGCCACCUCCCCCUCCUUACACAUCGCUAGCCACCCACAGAAACAACACUGUAGUGUCCACCACACCUGGACAGUCCAGCAUUCAACAGAUGUUGCGGCGACUUCCAGGCAUGCACAUCUCAUUACAAGACAUUUUGGUCAGUAUUGGGCUACAGCAAGUGGACAAUACUGGCCUGGAGAAUGAAGUCCCCCCUCCAUCAUAUGAAGAAGCUCUUAAAAUUUUGGAGUGCGCCAAACUAUCUAACCAAAAUAUUCUUGGAAAAAUUGAUUAGUGCCCGAUUUAUUUAAAUUAUUUAGCUUAUUUAAAUUUAGACUCUGUUUCAACUUGGGAUCAGUGCCUAACUCAGAUGUACAUGACCCUAUAAAUAAAAAAAAACAGAGUAUUUAACAUACAACACAACAAAACUUUCCCUAAUGAUUAUCAAAACAUGGAUUUAAAUGCAUAAUAAAGCUUACUUCAACAGUAGAAGCCUAAAAUGCAAUAUUCUUUAUAUCUGGAAGAAUGGAAAUUGGCAUUUGUUAAAUGUCCUAUGCAAAGACAUGUUAAUUUUGGGGUUAUGAAGACUGCUGGCUUUUAACGAAGACUGAUUUAAAAAGAAGACUUAUGUGCUAUGCCUUUAAGGCUCUUAUGUACAGAACUUGUGAUGUCUUCUAUGCCCUACAGAGAACUUUUAUCCGCACAAUAUUUCUAUUUUGUUUCUUUCUGACUUGAACCGCUGUGUUGUAUUUGACAAGUCCAGUCUCUGAGAUUCCAGAAUGGCAGAUAUCCAAUGAAAAGAUAUUAGGCUCUUUGUGCCUUAGUAAUAUCCGUCUCUUUUAAGAACAGGAUGCUGUUUGUCUUGUGUGUGUGUGUGUGUGAUGUCACAGUAAAGAAAGUCAGUUUAAAAACAUUAUUGACACCUUGUCUUUCAUCUGUGGAGAAAUUUCCACAACAACUUUGGGCACCAAAAAAAAACUUAGACAUUGUUUUUUUUUCUUUCUUCAUUGUUUUGUGCCAACACCAUCUCAUAAAUGAUAAAACUUGAAGAUUAACAGUAACACUUUACAUUUGUAAAUUUUAAACAUGUUAAAAAUGUUUUUAAUAAAACUGAGAAAUGUCAUAAAAUACUUUUUCUUUUGACAUCAAUUUGAAACAUGAUCUACACUACUGUACAUUAUAUUAUGUAACUGAAGUAUUUGUGUUUGUCCAUGCCAGUAAGUCCAUGCAUCUCCUUGCUUCCCCAUCUCCUCCUUAGCUAGUCACCUUAAGGACCAACACAUCUUGCCACUGUGCCUUUGGAACCUUCACUGUGUUAUCAUUGUCCAAGUCAAGCUUAUGUUGUUGUUUUCAUAGGUCAGUGGUGUGAGGUAUCCAAAAGAUCUGCCAUUGUUAAGCCACUUCAUUUUGUCCAAAAUAAUUUCAAAUUAAUGAUUGUGGCUACUUGUAGAUUUAUAGUGAACCAAUGUUAGAAAUAAUUUUGCUUUUUUUUUUUUAAUGCUUCAUUAGGUUAGAAAACAAUUUGUUUUCCUUUUGGCUUGUUAGAGAGCCACUUGUUUGGGAGCUCCAUGACUUUGCCAUGAUGCAACUUUCCAUGCAAUUGAACUAUAGAAGUGUGGUUCAUCCUGCCUUUAGUUCUAGAAGUGUGGUUCAUCCUGCCUUUAGUUCUAGAAGUGUGGUUCAUCCUGCCUUUAGUUCUAGAAGUGUGGUUCAUCCUGCCUUUAGUUCUAGAAGUGUGGUUCAUCCUGCCUUUAGUUCUAGAAGUGUGGUUCAUCCUGCCUUUAGUUCUAGAAGUGUGGUUCAUCCUGCCUUUAGUUUACCUUCCACAGUUGAGCUUUACUUCUAUAGAUUGCAAGGACUUACUGUGGCACACUGACCUUCAUUUACAAACUUUAUCUAUUUAAAAACAUGACUUAGUUUGGCUUCAAAUAAUGAGAUAGGAAUACAUAUUUAUAUACCAUAGACAAUUGUAGCCCUUGCUGUAAAAUUUGAUGAUGAAAAUGUUAUAAAUACAUUUUAUUGUUUACACAAACAUAUCCCAAAACUUAUUUAUUGACCUUUGGCUUCACUCAGCCAAUGAUAAAAGAUGAUUGCCAGAUGAUUAUUUCAUUAUGUGAUGUUAUUGGCUUGAUUCUGUUCAACUGAUGUCAUUGAAUGUAUGUGUAUGACAUAGUGGGGACAGGCAAGAUCAAAUGAAUGUGAUGACUGAAUGUAUAUGUAUGACAUAGUGGGGACAGGCAAGAUCAAAUGAAUGUGAUGACUGAAUGUAGAUGUAUGACAUAGUGGGGACAGGCAAGAUCAAAUGAAUGUGAUGACUGAAUGUAUAUGUAUGACAUAGUGGGGACAGGCAAGAUCAAAUGAAUGUGAUGACUGAAUGUAUGUGUAUGACAUAGUGGGUACAGGCAAGAUCAAAUGAAUGUGAUGACUGAAUGUAUAUGUAUGACAUAGUGGGUACAGGCAAGAUCAAAUGAAUGUGAUGACUGAAUGUAUGUGUAUGACAUAGUGGGUACAGGCAAGAUGAAAUGAAUGUGAUGACUGAAUGUAGAGUUAUUCCAUGACAGUGACUAGCAAAACAUGAACCAGUAGAAAUGAAAUAAAUAAACAAAAAUGUGAGCAACUUUUGAUGAUUGCAGGAUACACAUGUUGUCACAGCCAUAAGUGCAAUGAGUGUGUGGUAGAAAUCAUUGUACGUGUAACACAGUAUGAGAGCCAUUUGAUUGACAUUUUUCUGUGCUUUAAUGUUCUAAACAGCAUUAGAGAAAAGCGAAUCUUUGUUUUGUAAUUCAUUGUCUUAUCCUGGUUCUAUGUCUUGGUGGUCUCUUUGAGACUGAUCACUUAUCCUGGUUCUUGGUGGUCUCUCUGAGACGGAUCACUUUCUCCAUGUGCUUUCAUUACUCAAUUAAAUGUCUUCAAACUUGUGUCCUGUUUUUUUUUUCUGUUGGCCCUCUAGUAGAGAUCACAUUUGAUAUUGUCACUGAACUGUAUAAUAAAUCUCCACAGCCAACGUAGCGCACAUUUACUUGUCAUUCAUAAUGCUCAAUUUAAAAAGACUUGCUUUGUUUCGUUAAUAAAUAGGAGUUGAGAUUUUAAGAACAUUUUUUAAGCAGCUAUCAACACCUAGUUAUGUUCUAAUAUGUAUGGAAUCUAUUGAAUGUGUUUGUGUACUUCUAUCUAGAUGAGACAUUAUGUCGCUGAUGUUAGAUUUUGCUUCAUUAAGUAUUCAGCUUGUUGCCAGCAUUAUGCAACUCUUGAUAUUGUGCUUUCAACUAAAACAUAGCCCUGACUUACAUUGAGUUGUUAUGAAGGACAGACUGGCUUAUAGUUACAUCAUCUCAGCAGUUAUCUCUCUCAUCAGCUAAUAAUAUUUUCCCUGCCCGGUAGGAUGUAUAUCAAACAUGGAAGCCCUUUUUUUUUUUAAAUCAGGACUCAUGUUUUAAAGUUCAUCCUUCAAAAUGAAAAUUAAGAAUGAUAAAUAUUAAUUAAAAUUUGGAUUGGAUUCGUUUUUUUUUUUUUUAGCUUCUCACUGUGAAAGAAAUAACCUUUAUUUUUAUGUAAAUUUAAACAAAAUUCUUAAAUGUAAUUAAAAGUAAUUCUUUUUUUUUCCUAGGAAGUUUAUGUUUUUAAUUAAUGGAAAUCCACAAUUAUAAAUUUUUAUACAUAUCUUUUUGAUAUUUUAUAGACAUGAAAUUUGUAGAGCCAUGGCUUGUUAGACCAUGGUGUAUUUUUGUAUCUGGUUUUGGCUGAAACCAGAAGAUACCACAGUGUUAUAACUAAACGGCAAUGUUUGAAAUCAGCUAUGCAACUGUAUGAACUUGUUCGUUGUAUUGCUUGUGAAAACUAAGCAAAGAGUUGUGGAGAUGUCAUUGGCCCAGUUAUAAAUAUGUACAUGGGACAGAGUUCUGUUUGUGCAAUACUUACAAUUAAACAUUCUGAACUGAA